AAAGAAAAAAAUAUAUCAUUAUUCAUUUUCUUUCUCGAAUCUCAUCCACCACCCCCUAACUUCGACUACAGGCUGUUCAUCAUUUCCGUCACACGGAUGAUGGCAGCAUCGUAGAAGAAACUAUGGACCAAACACCAACUCCUUCAUCAACCAUAACUGCAGAUUCUUCCCUCUCAUCUCAACCUCUUCAUUCUUCUUCCCCAAACAAUAACAACAACAAUCAUAUUCUCGAAAUCACCCUCAUUUCUGCUCAAGAUCUAUCUCCCGUCUGUAAAUCCCUUCGCACCUACGCGUUAACUUGGGUUAAUCCCAAUCGUAAACGCACAACUCGUAUUGAUAAUCAUGGUCACAAUAACCCCAAUUGGAAUGACAAGUUCUCUUUUCGCGUAGACGAUGAAUUCCUCAUCUCCGAUUCAUCAGCUAUCCAUGUUGAAAUUUAUACAGUUUCAUGGUUUCGUGAUAUUCUUGUAGGUACUGUUAAAGUCAUCCUCAACAAUCUCGUAAAUCCUUUCGAAAAUACCAGCAAUUCGAGUAAGAAAUUUGUAGCUCUUCAAAUACGUCGACCUUCUGGUAACCCACAAGGAAUACUCAAUAUGGGUGUUUCGCUAAUCGACAAAUCGAAACGGAGUAUGCCGUUGUUCAGUGAAAUUACGCCAUUGUCGAUGGAUCAUAGAGAUAUUUUAGACAGGAAAAUAAAUGAUAUCAAUGCUCAAGAUGAAAUGAUCAACAAUAACCACAACGAUACAGAUGAGAAACUGAAAAUUACCAACAAAGUUCAGAUCUGGCAAUCACAUAACCUAGCUUAUUCCGAGAUCAACAAUGGAGAAUUUCCAAAUCAAGCAGGGUCGAUAGUAAACGGGUCAGAACUAUGCUCUGACAUUGGUCCGUCUGCAUCCAUUGUGGCAGCGGAGACUGCAAAGAAAUUGCAGCCAAUGCUGCCACAACGGGUAGCAUCGAAUAGGGGAAAUGAAGACGGAGAGAGUUCGAUAUUGGGGGAGUUGACAGCAGAGGAAGCAUACGCGAAAGGAUUGGAAGAAACUAAACGAGGAAGAGGAGGACAUACACGAGACGGAGGAUUGUAUUCGUGUUUUGGAAAUGCAUAUUGUUUCGAGUUCACAAUUGUAUGUGGAGCGGGCAACAAUAACAAUAACAAUAACAAUAAUCAAGGGAAUCGUAGAGUUAAUAACAGUAAUAGUAGUACUGGCAAGAGCAGAAAGAAAACAUAUUCUGCUUAAAUAUUAAAUGAAUGAAGUGGAGGCUUGCCUUUGAAGUCUUGUGUGAUAAAAAAUUAGCGUCAAAAUUCAAAGGUAAGUUCUAUAAAGUGGUGGUUAAACCGGUAUUGUUGUAUGGGGAGAAGUUUUAGCUGGUCAGAGAUUCUCACGUACAAAAGAUGCAUGUUGCGAAGAUAAAGAUGUUGAGGUGGAUGUAUAUCAUACUAGAAGCAAUAAGAUUAGUAAUGAGAAUGAUAUCAAGGAUAAGAUGGGUGUGGGAUUUGUGGUAGACAAGAUGAAGGAAAUAAGACUAAGAUGGUUUGGACAUGUUGAGAGGAGAUGUGUAGAUGCAUCAGUGAAGAGGUGUGAUUGGUUGGUUAUAGAAGGUAAGAAAGGCACAGGUAGACCGAAGAAGUAUUGGGGAAAGGUGAUAAGACAAGAUAUGACAGUAUGUUGUUUAUUGUGUUUUGAUUAUCACAAUAUGUUAUUGUUUUUUGGCUCUUUUCGGAUAGACUUUGCACUGUUUCCUUUAUACUUUCUUCACCGUCUCCUUCUUUGUUGCACUAGAGUAGAGGGCCUUUAAAAAAUAUGUCUACCUUCACGAGUUAGUGAUCAAGUCUAUGAAUAUUUCAUCCUCCCCAAGCCUCACUUGUGGGAUUUCACGGAAAAUGUCAUUGUUGUGGUGGUUGUCAUCAUUAAAAUCAAUAAAAACCUGCAUCUAAUGGUAACUUUUCCCUUGGGUGGGAGUA